CCAGUGACGGAGCGGGCGGCAUGGCGGAGGGAUCGGCCUGUGCUGGCCCCUCUAUCCGCUAUUUCUGCACGGCCGGCCGGGGCCUGGAACCCUUCCUGCUUCGGGAGGUGCGGGCCCGGCUCGGGGCCACGCAGGUGGAGUAUGUUUCAGGAAAAGUUUUCUUUACCACCAAUUCUGAGUUGAGUAAAUUGAAGAACCUGAAGUCUGGAGAACGAUUAUUUUUGCUGCUGAAAAAACAUGCACCAAUUUCUCCCUCUAGAAAUAAAGGAAAAGUAUUUAAUGAAAUUCAAAAACUUGUAAUUGAGGACCCCAGAUGUUGGCUGGAUAUUAUUUCCAUUUGGAAACAUCUUCAUGGAAAUAAGGUUGAACAAGGAAACCUCUCUAAAGAAAAUCCAGAAUCCCUGAAACGAAAAUCAGAAGAUGAGAUAAGUAUCAUAAGAAAAAAACAGAAGAGAGAACAAAUAUUAGAGACAGUUUCUGAUGAAUGCCAUGUGGAAGAGCAAAAGAAAAGUAUGGCACUAGAAACAAACAACGACAUGGACUUUUUAAUCGAAAGAGAAACUUUUCUAGAAGAGACAUCUGAAAGUAGAAUAGAGAAAUCAGUUGAUAGCAAUAACCACAGCUUCAGUUUCAGAGUUUCUUGUCGCUGUAGUGGAGCAAUUGCAAAAGUAUUUACUUCACAGGAAGUGGGAAGAGUACUUGGAAUAACUCUUAUAAAAGAGCUUGGGUGGAAAGCAGAUUUGAGAAACCCUGAUCUAGAGCUCUUUGUACAUCUAAAUGAUAUUUACUCAGUCGUGGGGAUUCCUGUCUUCAGACUUCCACUGGCGUCCAGAGAGUAUAUCCAAACUGCAGGACUCCGAUCUACUGUUGCAUGGGCUAUGGCAUCUCUUGCUGAAAUCAGUGCUGGUGCAUUUGUUUUAGAUCCUAUGUGUGGAUUAGGAACAAUACUGUUGGAAGCUGCAAAAGAAUGGACUAAUGUACAUUACUUGGGUGCUGAUAUAAAUGAUUCACAGCUACAAGGUGCACAUGAAAAUAUUAAGGCUGCAGGCUUGAUGGAUAAAAUUGAGUUACUUAAAGCAUCUGUCACAGCAUUGCCAUUACCUUCAGAAAGUGUUGAUGUUGUGAUUUCAGACAUUCCAUUUGGGAAAAAGUUCAAGAUAACAAAAGACAUAAAGCUUCUACCAAAUAUUCUUCGAGAAAUGGAAAGAGUGCUUCAUGUUGGAGGGACAGUUGUAUUACUUGUGAGUCAAGAUGUCCACAAGCACAUGGGUGGCUGUAUUAGCAAUUGUGUUGAAAAUGACACCUCUUUGAACGCCACCCGUGACAACAAGAAUGGAGCUGCUGUGGUGAAAGACUUGAAUCCCAAAGAGGAAAAUGGGAGUCCAAGAAGUAUUUCCUCUUCAAUUAAAGGUGUAGAAACUGAAUACUCCAAUAACAUUACAUGCUUUGGGUCUUUGGCAGCAGUAGAAUCCUAUGGAGUUAGCCUUGGAAAAACAGAUGCUUUCCUAUACAAAUAUAGGAAGAUGCCUGCUGCUGGAAUGCAGUAGAAUUCUGAAAGUGAACAUGGAUCUUAUUUGAAAGUAUAUUGCACUGAAACAACUGAACCAUGUCGGUCCUAAUUUGGGGCCAUAUUGUGCCACUGGUAAGCAAAUUUAUUUGGACAAUUUUACAGCAUUCCUUUUUCCCCUAUCUUCUUUGCUAAAGAAUUCAGUAGUCACAAGAUGGUGGAGACAGUCCUCCAGCAAUAUUAAGUUGGCCACAAUAAAAUGAGGCCAGAUCCUGAGGUCCUUACUCAAGCAAAGCAUCUGUUUACUUUAAUGAGUAAAAACCGAGCAAGGGUCUCAUGGUUUGGGCCGCACUCUUCUAGGAGUGAUUUGUAUAGGCUUUAACUUGCUGCCACUAUGGUGGGACUGCGUGGGUUUGCUUUCCUAAACCUAGUUAGAAUAGGAAACACAUGCACUGUGUCAGAUCUAUUGAUUGUAUAUUGAUUAGUAAUAUAAUUUAGUUUCCCCAAAUAGCACUGAAAUUUGAUAGGUUCUUGUACCAAGAUCAGGCAAAGUAUUAUCAGAACUCCUGUUCAGCUGGGAGUCUGAAGAUGCAUGGUUGCAACACUCGCACUUAGAAAAUCACACUGUAUUUAUAAUUUUUUUUAUUAUACAGUUAGCAAAGUCACGAACACUCAAAACCCUGUGAGGCAGGUAGAAAGAAUACAGAAUGUGCUGAGCAUCCAGGUACUUUCAUCAUCCCGUGCAAAACAACCUGCAGUGUUAGUGAUCUUCGCCCUCGCCAUCACCAUCAGUCAUCAUCUUGGCAUCUCUCAAGGCACACAGGGUGGGAUACAACUUUUAUAAUGUUACACUUAUGCCACCAUGUGCAAUGCAAACUGAGAUGGGGUUUCAGGCCCUUUUCGUUAUUUUGUAGUUCCUCACUGUAAUGUUGGGAUGCCCUUCUCCAAUAGAUUAAUCCUUUUACCUUGAUUUUAUUAGCAUAUAAUUCAGUCAGUUACCAUGGCAUUUUUGUUGUCAGACAGCUUCUGAUGUCCCUAAUUUAAAAUAUCUCAAGAUGCUAUGAACUAGUAUCUCGUGGUUACUUGUCAACAGUUUAGUUAUUACAGCAUUUUAUUGUUUAAAAUCAUAUUACCUAGGGUUACUUUUGGUUAACUACUUACGCUUAAGCCUUUUUGGACCUUGUGCCUUAAUUUAGCUAAACUAUAUUGUCUUACAGGCCUUGUAGGCUCAUUACAUUAUUGCCUUAAUUUACACCUAUGCCUCAUCUAGUAAAUACCUAUACCUGUAGGCUACAGCACUAAGGGGAAUUAGAAGCCUUUACUAAAGUGUCUCUAAUGAAUUGUUUUUUUGUAGCAAUUACUUAAUUAAAAAUGUGAUGUAAAACUACUGAAACCUAUUUAUAUUUUACUUUAGGUAUAUACAACCUUUAAUGUUAGAAUAAAUAUAUCUAUCUAGUA